AUGGCGUCCCACAACCAGGGCCAGGGAUCGGGCGCCUCACCCGGCAAUCCAGACCAUCGCAGCGUGAGCCCGUCACCCCACACUCAGCAGUAUCACGACCCAACCUCCGGCUUGGGCCUGGAUCCUUCCAUGUCCGCCGCCUUUGCGACAAACCAACCCUUCAACAACCAGGACCCAGGAAUCGGCGGCGCAGACGCGUAUGGCUAUUCUACUGGUUACUUGUCGGCCGCCCCGCCCGCGCAGAGCCUCGAGCAGUUCCCCCCGGUGAUAAACACCAACAACAUCUCCAUGUCGCAGUCUUUCGACCCAAAUCUCGUCAACCAAAUGGACCAGGGACAAUCGGGUCUACACUCCCGGCAGCCCGAUGAGAACUUCUCCAGUUUACUCAAUAACCCCAACGACUUGGACUUCUCCGGCUAUCAUAACCACAGCCCCCAUAGUACUACCGCGUCAGAAUACGAUUCGUCGCAUCUCCUGGAUCCCCAAAUGCAUCAACGACCGGCAUCCAUGCACCAGGCUAUCAACCCGGCCGAUCUAUCCUCCCCGGGCCCCAUGUCCCCUCCCGGAUCAACCCCGGGCACGUAUUACACUCCCCAGCAUUCACGACACACCUCGUUGGAUCCGUCUACGGCGACUUAUUUGAGUGCACAACCAAAUGCAGACUGGGGGUCAGUUAUGAACAAUGUCGCAUUCCAGGGCCACCGGAGAGCAGCGUCAGAGGUUUCGGAGGUUUCCUCGGCCAAUCACUCCCCAUACCUAUCCCAGCAUGAGUAUGACGGCAUUGAGAACAAUGCAUCGCCUUCACUGGCUCCGCAAAAUGAUCCUGCUUUGUACGAUAAUCAGCUGGGUAUCGAGCAGUUUACCCUCUCGGAGCAGCAGCAAGUUCCCUCCUGCGCCGACCGAAAUGUACGGGAUGCCGGGGAUGCACUCUUGAACCAGGGCUUCGACAAUGGCAUGACAGAUAUUGGCCAGGCAUCCUCGAUGGCCCCUCCUUCCAUCAACGUGGAAUUUGCCCCGCCAUCACGAGUUCCAAGCUUCGGAUCUCGUAUGCGCAGCAAGUCUGACCCAUAUACACACCCAGCGUCUCGUUCAAGAUCACCGGCGAACUCGGCCACGAGUCUUGAGCCUGUUGCCCCCAGCACUCCUCGCUCGUUAUCCCCACACUCACGCAGUAGCCCUGGAUCCCGCGAGGCAUCUCCCUCCCGUUCCAACCGACGUCUCUCAACGUCGUCGAUCGAAAGCCGAAAUUACAUCCUGGAUUUGGCCGAUCCCCAACGCCCCGGUGCGGUCCCGGGCGAUUCCAAGCGUGUUCAGAAGCAUCCUGCCAAUUUCCAGUGCACAUUAUGCCCAAAGAAGUUCACCCGGGCGUAUAAUUUGCGCUCUCAUCUCCGAACCCACACCGACGAGCGACCGUUCGUGUGUACUGUCUGCGGCAAGGCAUUCGCCCGUCAACACGACCGAAAACGACACGAAGGGUUGCAUUCUGGCGAGAAGAAAUUUGUUUGCCGAGGCGAUCUGUCACGGAAUGGAAACUGGGGUUGUGGUCGUCGAUUCGCCCGCGCCGACGCUCUUGGUCGUCAUUUCAGAUCCGAAGCAGGUCGAGUCUGUAUCAAGCCAUUGUUGGACGAGGAAUCCCAAGAGCGGGAUCGUGUUCUCAUGGAACAACAGCAACAGCCACAACAAGCGGCCGGGCAUUUGCAACCUGUCCCACAGCCCAUGGUUAUGCCCGGGGUCCCCGGAAUGGAUGGCCAGUCUGGUAGCAAUUUCGUUCUCCCUGCUGCACUUCUUGCACAAUACCCCGCACUUCAAACUCUUCAAUGGGAUCAGAUCCCUGCUGCGGGCGAAGAUCCUGGCGAAAUCGGCGGUCGGAGUAGUUUCGAUGCAAGUUCUGGCGGCGAAUUCGGCUAUGAUGAGGAAGAUUCCGGCAUGAGCGGUGGUUAUGGAAAUAAUCAAGGCGGCAUGUACGGUGGCCAGAUGUUAGGCGGCGAUCCUGGAUAUCAGGAUCAAAAGUGGACUGGAUAA